AAAAAGGAGAGAAAAACCCUUUCUUUUUUCAAAAAUGAGAAGAAAGAAGCUUCCAUCUUCUUUCCAACAACAGGAAUAGCAGUGGCCUCCUCUCCUCCUCUUCUUCUUCUUCUUCCCUUGACCCCAAAUUUCCCCUUAUCUCCUUCUCUUUUAUCCCUUCCCAAACCCUAAUCUCUAGACCAAGUUAGUCCUUCUUUUCUCCCAAGGUUUCAUCUUUCCUCAAAAACCAAAUCCUUCAACCCCAAACCUCCGGCUUAAACACUCCAAUGCGUAAACUUUGUCAUGCCCUUCUCUGAAAGAAAAAUACAUAAAAGUAGAAAACCCUAACCCUUCCCUUCUCCGAGAAAACCCAGAACCCAUUUUCCCCAGAAGUAGCCUACAAUCCCCCGAAACCCUCUAUAAAGAUUGGAUCUUUUUCAAGAAUCCUAGCCAAGACCCUGUUUUUACUUCUCUUGGGGGCAUUCAAGAAUAUUUCCUCUAUUUUUGGCUGAAAUUUGACUUUGUAGUUGGAAUUAAUUUUGUUUCCAAAUGAACAAAUCUUCCGCCUCCCAGCCUCCCCCGUCCUCCUCGAAGCCGGCGUCGGUGCUCCCCUACAAGACGCCGAACCUCCGGGACCAUUAUCGCAUCGGCAAGAAGCUCGGGCAGGGGCAGUUCGGCACGACGUACCUCUGCGUCGACAAGGCCGAUGGCGCCCAGUACGCCUGCAAGUCGAUCCCGAAGCGCAAGCUCCUCUGCCGGGAGGACUACGAGGACGUGUGGCGCGAGAUCCAGAUCAUGCACCACCUCUCCGAGCACGCCAACGUUGUGCGCAUCAGGGGCACCUACGAGGACGCCCUCUUCGUCCAUAUCGUCAUGGAGCUGUGUGCCGGCGGCGAGCUGUUCGACAGGAUCAUCCAGAAGGGGCAUUUUACCGAGCGGAAGGCGGCGCAGCUGAUCAAGACCAUUGUGGGAGUGGUCGAGGCGUGCCACUCGCUAGGUGUCAUGCACCGGGAUCUCAAGCCGGAGAAUUUCCUCUUCGCCAGCGCUGACGAGGAUGCGGUGCUCAAGGCCACGGAUUUCGGGCUCUCAGUGUUCUACAAGCCAGGUGAGACAUUUUGUGACGUGGUGGGAAGUCCCUAUUAUGUUGCACCUGAGGUAUUGCGUAAAUAUUAUGGUCCAGAAGCAGAUGUCUGGAGUGCUGGAGUCAUUUUAUAUAUUCUGUUAAGCGGUGUUCCACCUUUUUGGGCAGAAACUGAAGCGGGGAUCUUCAGACAGAUUUUACAAGGGCGUUUGGAUUUUGAAUCUGAACCUUGGCCUGGUAUUUCUGACAGUGCUAAGGACCUGAUACGUAAUAUGAUAAAUCGGGAUCCAAAGAAAAGAUUUACAGCACAUGAAGUUCUUUGUCACCCAUGGAUUGUAGAUGACAAAGUGGCACCUGAUAGGCCUCUGGAUUCUGCUGUCUUAUCACGCCUGAAGCAGUUCUCGGCAAUGAACAAACUAAAGAAGAUGGCUUUGCGGAGCGAAUUUUCUGCCAUCAAGCCAUUCCUCCUGCUUAUGUAUGGAAGAAGACCUCCAGUGUACGAACGUACAUCACUUUGGUUCCACCAAAUCAUAAAUACAACCAGACCAAAGGUUAUUGCAGAAAAUCUUUCAGAGGAAGAAAUUGGUGGCCUAAAAGAGCUGUUCAAGAUGAUUGAUACUGACAAUAGUGGGACAAUAACAUUUGAUGAACUAAAAGAUGGCUUAAAACGAGUGGGGUCUGAUCUGAUGGAGUCUGAAAUUCAGGCACUUAUGCAUGCGGCUGAUAUAGACAACAGUGGCACAAUAGAUUAUGGUGAAUUUCUUGCUGCAACUGUGCACAUGAAUAAGUUGGAGAGAGAAGAAAACUUGAUAUCAGCAUUCUCCUUUUUUGACAAAGAUGGAAGUGGUUACAUAACCAUUGAUGAACUCUCACAGGCUUGUCGACAAUUUGGUCUUGAUGAUGUUCAUCUUGAUGACAUGAUUAAAGAAAUUGAUCAAGACAAUGAUGGGCAAAUAGACUACAGUGAGUUUGCAGCAAUGAUGAGAAAGGGCAAUGGAGGAAUUGGAAGGAGGACAAUGAGAAACAGUUUGAAUAUUAGUUUGGGUGAUGUCCUGAACACAUCCGAACGCUAGGACUGCACAACGCUGAUGCAUCUUAGAGAGAGAGCUUUUGAAGAAGCCACGGUUUUUGAAACUACUGUAUGACUAGGUAAUUUUUGGGAGUGGGAUGGAUCUUUCAGCUUUCUCUGUUGCUAUCAUUGAUGAAAUAUUUUGCAGGGCAGCUUGCUUUGAGUAGAGAGCCAUGUGAUAGCCAUCCUUGUAUCCAACUUCCACGACUGGAGUUAUUGUUUACAUGAACUUUAUAUGUUAAUGCAACUCUAGGUGCAAUUGGAGGAUGUUGUCUUAAUGGUGCUGUUAGUUUGUUUCUGCCUGCUGUAUGAUUGAAAUUUGUCUUAAGAGUGACUGUCAUAGCUUAUUUCGAUUUUUGCAUUGAAGCUGAAUAACUGAAUGCAUGCCUAUCUGACACGAAACAAUAUGGGAUCAUCUGGCGUGUUGCAGAUUUCAGCUUUCAAUUUAAGAAUUUGAUGAAUGCCUUCAAUCAUUAGGAUAUAUGAUGCCAUGCAGAGUUUCUUCCCAUCUUAAAUGUAAAGUUAAAAUCAUGAGCAGGCUUGUCAAAACUAAGUGUACUUGUUCCUCUGA